AUGAAGUUCCUAACUUGGAAUGUAAGGGGCUACAAUGCCCCUGACAAGAGACACCUGAUCAAAAGAGGAUUUGAUCAGGUUAAGCUGAAAAUAAUUUGUAUUGAGGAAAUAAAAUUGGGAAGAGAAGAUGCAGCUAGAGUUUUUGGUGUUAGGCAGAGGUGGUAUGGUUUCUUUGUGGACUCAGAAGGGACCUCAGGAGGGCUAGGCAUUUUGUGGAAUCCAUUGGUAGUUCAGGUGGACGUUGUUUCUUUCUCUAAACAUUGGCAGAUGGUUAAGGUGAUUUCGAAGAUCAUUAAUUUUUCUUGUUUCCUCAUCAACGUCUAUGGACCCACAUUGGCUGCAGAGAAGUGUCGGUUAUGGGAGGAUAUCUCCAAGCUUUUAAUGGAGGUGAGGUCAGCCUUAGCUAUUAUUUAUGGGGAUUUCAAUGCCACUCUUUCUUUCUCAAAAAAGCGUGGAGGGGUGAGUAGGAUAUGCAGGACGCAAUCGGACUUUCAGACAUUUGUGGAUUCUAAUGCCCUGUUUGAAGUGGUUGCUAAAGGGGGGAGCUUUAGUUGGACAAAUAGAUGGUGGGGAUUUUCCAACAUAGUUGAGAAACUAGAUAGGUUCUUCCUUGUAGGGGAUUGGAAUUUGGCUCCCUUGGUCUUUGAGGCAGAAUUUUUAGCAAAUUCAAGUUCAGACCAUUUCCCGAUCUCUUUGGUUGUGCAAAAAGAUGGUAUUCCACUUUGGUGCCCUUUCAAGGUGGAAAAAAUGUGGUUAAGGGAGCCGGGAUUUAGAGAUCAGGUGGUGGAAGGCCUCUUGGCCUUUAAUUUCUUCAAGAAUCUUAGAUAUGGGAAACAGAAACUGAAAUCUUGGAACAAGGAUGUGUUCGGUAUAUUGAUGAAAACAAAAGGAUUCAAGGGGAUCUGGGGGCUCUGA